GGGAGCCCCGCCCGGGCAGGAGCGUGUGCGCCCCUCCCCCCGCGCUUGUCUCCCACCCCAGCUGCACCUCCGGGACAGGUGAGCAAGCACUGACUCUCCAACGAUGAUCAGAGCUUGGAACUGAGCAGGGGAACAAACUCUCCGGAGCAGGUUCAGCUCAACAACUAAGGGUAGCCUCAGAUGAUCUCAAAAAGGGGGAGAAAAUGACUAUGAUGGCUCACCAGUCCUCUUCUUGGAUCUUCAUCAAUGAGAGGACAUUCAUUACCAGGGAACAACUUAAUUCUUUAUUGAAGACCUAUAACAUCUUUUAUAGGAACCAGAAAAAUCUGCAUAUUUUAUACGGACAGACUGACGAUGGUAAACUAAUUGUUGAAGGAACGCUGGACAUUUUCUGGGGAGUAAAGCGGCCUAUACAACUGAAAAUACAAGAUGAGAAGCAAAUCCCUUCUUUCACUGUGCUGAAGUCACCAGAUGUCUUUUCCAAAAGGGGAAUGACACGCUGGGGAGAAUUUGAUGAUCUUUACCGUAUUAGUGAUUUGGACAGGACUCAGAUUCCAGUGUCUGGAGCAACAGAUUCCCAGGAAGAUGAUUUAUCUUAUCACAGUAGCACUCUGAAGCUUCAUGCAGAUGAAGAACCUGAAUCCCCGUUGCUCUAUAGAACCAUGAGUGAAGCAACCCUGGUGAGAAAAAGGAUGAAGCCUCCGAUGAUGGACAGAAAGGACAGACAGAAGCAUAGGGCCUCUAUUAACGGACACGUUUAUAAUCAUGAAACAUCAAUUUUCACUCCAGCCUUUGGAUCAGAAACUAAGGUCAGAAUAAACAGUAAUAUGAGAACUGAAGAAGUAAUAAAGCAAAUUCUCCAAAAAUUUAAGAUUGAAAAUAGUGCCCAGGAUUUUGCACUUUACAUUAUUUUUGCAACAGGAGAGCAGAGACGGCUAAAGAAAACAGACAUUCCGCUACUGCAUAGACUCCUACAGGGACCAUCCAAAAAGAAUGCUCGCAUUUUCCUCAUGGAUAAAGAUGCAGAAGAAAUUAGCAGUGAUGUGGCUCAGUAUAUUAACUUUCAUUUUUCUCUCCUGGAAUCCAUCCUUCAAAGAUUAAAUGAAGAAGAGAAAAGAGAGAUUCAAAGAACAAUAGCAAAAUUCAGUACAGAAAAGGCUAUCAUACUGAAAUGUCUUCGAAGUAAACAGGUAAUAAAAACAGAGACAACAGUUUAGCAAUACAGGUCACUAUUGCUAAAACACUUCAACAAAAUUAGA